CCUCUCAUAUUAUGUUUUCCCAUUUCUCUGUAAGAAUUUUCCGGUUAGGGCUCGGCAAAUCGUACUUCUAUGGCUUCCAAAUUCGGGAGACGUCUCCUUGGGAGCCGUCCGGCCGAGCUUGUCUCGGCGACGAACCUUGCUACCCCGGCGGCGACUGUUUUCUCCCGUUUCUUCGACCGGGGCUUCUCCUCCUCCACCGCCGCCGGCUCCGAGCUGAUCCGAGCCACUCUCUUCCCCGGCGACGGCAUCGGUCCCGAGAUUGCCGAAUCCGUCAAAGAGGUAUUCAAAGCAGCUGAAGUGCCGAUUGAAUGGGAGGAGCACUAUGUUGGGCAGGAAAUUGAUCCUAGAACACAGAGUUUUCUGACAUGGGAAAGCUUGGAAUCAGUAAGACGAAACAAGGUUGGCUUGAAAGGGCCAAUGGCUACACCCAUUGGAAAGGGUCACAGAUCACUGAACCUUACUUUAAGGAAAGAACUUAAUUUGUAUGCGAAUGUGAGACCUUGCUACAGUCUUCCUGGCUACAAAACUCGGUAUGAUGAUGUUAAUCUCAUUACUAUCCGUGAAAACACAGAAGGGGAGUACAGUGGCCUUGAACAUCAAGUGGUAAGGGGUGUAGUUGAAAGUCUGAAGAUCAUCACUCGACAUGCUAGUCUUAGAGUGGCUGAAUAUGCCUUUCACUAUGCCAAGACCCAUGGGAGAGGGAGAGUAUCCGCAAUACACAAAGCCAACAUCAUGCAGAAAACUGAUGGUCUUUUCCUUAAGUGUUGUCGUGAGGUUGCAGAGAAGUACCCUGAAAUAAACUACGAGGAAGUCAUCAUAGAUAACUGCUGUAUGAUGCUUGUGAAGAAUCCAAAUCUUUUUGAUGUUCUAGUGAUGCCCAAUCUUUAUGGUGACAUUGUCAGUGACCUUUGUGCUGGGUUGAUUGGGGGCUUGGGCUUAACACCGAGCUGCAAUAUUGGUGAAGGAGGCAUUGCUCUUGCUGAGGCUGUACAUGGUUCAGCGCCUGAUAUUGCUGGAAAGAAUCUGGCAAAUCCAACAGCAUUGUUGUUGAGUGCUGUCACAAUGCUUCACCACCUGGAGAUGCAUGAUAAGGCUGAAAGGAUCCAAGAGGCUAUCCUCAAAACAAUUGCCGAAGGAAAGUACCGAACUGCUGACCUUGGUGGCAGUUCAUCAACUUCUGACUUUACAAAGGCAAUUAUUGGUCAUCUUUGAAGAAUGCACUUGGCACAUAUGACUCUGAUUCUGGAAGAAGCCGUUCCUUGUUAUAUUCUUUUGCAAACAUCUUAAGUAUUCUCUUGUACUUUCUUGAGGGAAUAAGGCCACCUGCACUUGUGGAGAAACCGGAUAUGGCUUCACGCACACGCUCAGUGGCCUUCGCCAUGCUAAGCAAGCAACAGAAACUUCCAAAGAGCAUGGUAGAGAGGAUAAAUUUGUCCCUCUAUGUCCCGAUUUGGUUUGUUAUUUGAUAUCACCUUUCUAGCUUACCUUGGAUGAACUAAAGCAUCCAGAUGUUUCUUUUUCCAUCGUCAUAUGUUCUCCUUGUAUUCAUCUAUGUAGGAGGGCUAGAUCUCUGCGAUUUGUUUUUUCUUCCCCCUGUUUUAACUAUUUAGUAAUAUAGCCACAAGGUUAUUCUUCUUUUGAGCUAAAUACAAGUUUUGAGCUGACAAA